AUGGCGCUCUCGCCGCCUCCAUCCGCGUUGCCCCAGAUGAGAACGCUCGAGAAGGUGGCCCUCCUGCUCGUGCCGGUGUUCUUGGCGGCGCUCAUCUUCGCUCUCAACUUCUCCGGCGAGUUCCACCUCUUGAGCCGGGGCAAUCUCCGACUGUCAGCCUUCACCUCCCCCACCCCCGACGGCCAGAGCGCCGCCGCUCCUCCGCCGGGGCCCGAAUUCCGCCUGCUCAUGGGCAUACUGACGCUGGGGAACCGCUACUUGCCCCGCCACCGCCUGCGCAUGCUCCAUGCCCUGCAGCCGCCGGUGGCGGCCCAGAUCGACGUCAAGUUCGUCCUCUGUAACCUCUCCCGGGACGACGAGAAGACGCUGGUAGCGCUGGAGGUCAUGCUCUACGACGACAUCCUCAUCCUCAACUGCAAGGAGAACAUGAACGGUGGCAAGACCUACAGCUUCUUCUCCAGCCUCCCCGGGCUCUUCGGCGGCGGCGCAAACGGGAGCGGGAGGCCCUACGACUUCGUGAUGAAGGCAGACGACGACACCAUCUUCAUGUUCCCCAAGCUGGUGGAGUCGCUGAGGAUCCAGCCGAGGGAGGACCUCUACUGGGGCCACCUCGUUCCCGCCGCCAACGGCCUGCCGCUAUUCAUGGCCGGCAUGGCGUACGUCCUCAGCUGGGACCUGGUAGAGUGGAUCGCCUCCUCCGAGACCGUGAAGAACCACACCGUGGGGCCGGAGGACACCGUCGUCGGAGAGUGGCUGCGCGACGGCGGCAGGGGAAAGAACGUUCGCAGCACGAGAGCUCCCCACCUGAACUUCGACACGAAGCCGGUAUCGUACGACUACCCUUACCCGCCGUACACCUUCGUCCCCAACACCAUCUCCGUCCACCGGCUCAAGGAUGACGAUAAGCUGGCGGAGACGCUGAGAUACUUCAAUGUGACCGCCGGGUUCAAGCCCUCCAAGUUCUACCACCUCUAG